AUUCAAGGACACCCUCUCCCCUCCUGCCCAACUGCGGUCCUUGACUCGCUGGGGGCUGGGGGUUGGUCCCAGGCAGGGACAGUCGGAGGCCAAGGUCCGAGCUGGACGGUGCCCGAGCUGUGCACCCCAGCACAGGGUCCCAGCACAAGAGCCCCAGGGAGAGGAGCAGGGAACAGGGCCAGGUUCUGUCCUCCCCUCUCCCAGCCUCAGUUUCCCUCCUGGACAAAACCAAGUCAUAAAUGCCCCCUCCGACCUCCUUCACAGCCCAAACUGCUUCCAACUCACAGCAAUCCUCCUGCCUCAGCUUUCCCAGUGCCAGCAAGACAUGUGGGAGCCACCCUUACAAGAGGAGGGGCACUUGGUUUGUUUUAAAAUGCUGGGAGGUCCUGGCACCUGGGAGAGGGACUUCAGGGUCCCCGGCUGGACACACAGCCCCCGGCCGUGACCCAAGCAUCGACCUUGUGGGUGCUGCACACGGUGUUCCCGCCAAGGCCCCUGGGCGGCGCGAGGCAACUAUAAGGCGGCAUCGGCGCGGGCCGCCUCCGGCCACCAUGCGUGCGCUGCUGCUGCUGCUGCUGCUCCCAGCUCUGGAGCUCGCACUGCGACCCCCGCAGUCCCCUGAGGCGCGUGACAAGCUCUGUGGCCACCACCUGGUGCGCGCGCUUGUGCGGGUGUGCGGGGGCCCACGCUGGUCCCCCGAGGCCACGCAGCCCGUGGAUGCCGGUGACCGGGAGCUGCUUCGGUGGCUGGAGCAGCGGCAGCUCCUGCAUGCACUUGCGGCUGACAUGGACCCCGCUCUGGACCCCGGCCCACAACCUCCUCUCCAGGCUCCUCAGCGCCACGGCCGCAGCGCGGCCACCAGCCCCGUGCACCGAUGCUGCCUCACCGGCUGCACCCAGCAAGACCUGCUGCGCCUCUGUCCCCACUGAAGGGGCUGGGCUGAGGCGGGUCCUGAUGCCCCGGGUCCAUACCUCCCGGAACCCGUGUGAAUGCAACACCCGUGGUCUACUUCGGAGGAGUCCCAGAAAAGGAUGGUCACAUGCCCUGUCCCCGGAGGAGCCUCCAUCAUGGCCUAUGUCCCCCUCCCCGCUGUGUCCUGAACAUUCUAAAUAAAAAAGCAAUUUCAUACA